AUGAAAGAAAAAAGAAAUAGAAAGAACGACAAAGGCAAAUGAAAUGAAAUCCUUUCUUCUUUCCCACCCUAAAAGUUAAACCCCAAUCCUUCUUUCAAUUCCUCUCUUCCCAUUCUUCUCCCAAAAUGUCUCCCCGUUCUUCCCCCUACGCCGCCUGCUUCCGCCCCUCCGACGAACAUCCCUCCCCUCCGUCGCCGCCGCCUCCGCCCAUGUCCAGCCAAUCCAACCUAACCACCGCCGUCUACCAAACCCCCACCGCCGCCUUCUCCCUGACUUGGUCCCGCACCCUCUUCUCCCGGUCUCUCCAUCUCAACUCCGAUCGCCACCACUCCUUUCUCCUCCAUCUCAACGCCUUCGCCUUUUGGAAAAAGUCCGGCUCCAAGCACCUCCCCGGCUCCCCUUCUCUCCGCCUCUUCUGGGAUUUCUCCCGGGCCAGAUUCGGGUCGGCUCCGGAGCCCCGAUCCGGAUUCUACCUCGCCGUCCUCGUCGACGACCAAAUGACUCUCCUCGUCGGCGAUUUGAUCAAGGAAGCUUACGCGAGAACCAAAGUUCAUAAACCCAAAAACCCCCAAUCUCUUGUGUUGAAAAGAGAGCAAGUCGUUGCCCACAAAAUCUACUCGACGAAAGCUAAAAUCGGAGGUAGAAUCCGUGACAUCCAGAUCGAUUGUGGCUACAACGACGACACCCGGCUCUGUUUCGCCGUCGACGAUGUUAAGGUUCUGGAAAUCAAGCACUUAAAAUGGAAGUUCCGUGGGAACGAGAAGGUCGAUGUCGAGGGAGUCCCGGUGCAGAUCUCUUGGGAUGUUUACAAUUGGGUGUUCGGCGACGAGAAGGAUCACGGCCACGCCAUUUUCAUGUUCAGAUUUGAUGAAGAUGAUGAAGAGUUCAGAACAGAGACGCCGUCGUUUCAGAGGAAUGGGAUGGAGCUCUUGUCCAUUAACAGUCACUCCAGAAGAAUGAGAAUGAGCUCCUCCUCCUCCUCGCUUUCGAUGUCGUCGGUGGGUUCCUCCGCCGGCAGCUCCUCCGUUCUCGACUGGGCCACCGUCGAGGAAUCCGAGCUUGGCGGCGGCCCAUCUACCUUCUCCCUCCUCGUUUACGCUUGGAAAAAGUGACCCGCAACUUCAUCGAAACUUCAAAAGUGGUAAUCUCAAUUCUUUUUUCUUCUUACAAACACUAACACUAUAAAAAUUACAACAACCCAUUAUCAGAAUUAUUCAAGAUUUUUUAUGCUUAUUCUUCAAUUUCGUUAGACUGGUCUAACUAGGAACAAAUUGUUCAUUCUUUUUUCUUUUGUUGUGGGAUACGAUUGAUUGCAUUGUACAAAUAUCCAGAUAUUAUUGCUUUCCAUAUCUGUUUUCUCUGUAAUUUUCGUUUUUUCCUAUUGAAAUUAUAUUUGGGAAAAUUUGACGUUGUAAUUGUAUUGUACUGUACUGGAAAUUUCACGAGAAAGUAGCAAUGAAAUUACGACAAAUAAUUGAAAAUUGAAGGAAAAAGAAAAGGGAUACCAUGAGGCGUUUCAGAUUAGAACGGAAUCUGUUGAUUAUUGUGAAAUCAAGAAUUGUUUAGUCUGAAUUUGUUGGAUUCAAAGAAAAAAAAAAAAAAAAAGCGUGGCAGCAUCGGAAUGGUGUUAUUUGAUUACAGUCUCGUGAAGUGGCGAUGGAGGAUCUGGACCGUCAAAAAAGGACGACCACGUGUGUGACUGUGAUUUGAUGGAAGGAAUUAUUUUGUGUUUUUGUUUCACUGUUAGUGUGAGCUUACCGAAUGGGAAAUAAUGUAAAGACAAGAGGAGCUGUUAAUUCACGUGGUCGAGUUACGUUAUCGAGGUUUGACUCUUUGACCAAAUCUAUAAAUUCUUUAGAAUUAAACCCAUUAAUAAAAUAAAGUAACAAUCUAGCCCUUCUGUUAUA